CUACUCAAAUGUGGGAAAACUUCCCUACCAGUUCUUUAGUAGACACACGUCUUUGGUUGCCUGGAGGAGGAUGUCUGACCAGAUCUCCUACAUUCAGGCUAAGUUGCCACCUUUCUCCUGGGAGUGCAAUCCAGCUGCAGCAGUGCUGCCCACAGCUCCUCCUAUACCUGUUUACUACCAUGUCCGGUACCGAGGAUGUACAGAAACCCAGGUGAGCUGGCACGGAGAGACUUACUGCCUGGUUGGUGGCUACCGGGCCUAUGGGGAUGCUGCCAUUGCCACCCCAGCAAAGGCCAGAGAAGAGAAGCCAACAUCCAGGUGGGUCUAUGUGGAUGCUUGUAUUAUCAGCCCAGCAAAGAUCGAAGCACAGAAGCCAGCAUACAUGCGGGUUCCCAAGAAACCUUGAGCUAUUGUAGAGUCUCUCUCCAGUGAAAAUAAGCCAUUGCUUCCCACAGGCUGGCUGGCUGUUGUUGUUUUUCUGAUUUGGAGGAAUUAUUUUGCUGUAGAAGUCAUAAUCCUUUAUACUCACGAGUGACUCUGAACUUUGUUCUCUUUAUAUUUCUUUAGCGGGGUGUAGGAAAAUGGAAUGAAUAAUUGGACAGAACCUAUACCCUUCAGGGCAAGGUUAUACAAUACAAUUUACUGAUCUGAUUUUUGUAUCUUUCUAUGGGGAAUAAUCCUCUGCCUCAAGAAAGGGUAGUCAUGGGCUGGGUAUUUACCAAGCCACCUGCCUUGCAAGUGCAAGGUCUCAAGUUCAAGCCGCUGUACAAAAAAAAAAGUUUGUCGUUACAUAAGGCUUUCUUACGUCAUAAGACAGGGUCUUG